UGCACGCAGUGCUGUUUGCAUCUGGACCAGCUGGGGGAUGGGAAGGGGUGGCAAAAAAGUGUUCCCAGAAAGUAGAUGGGAUUUAUAUGAGACCAUGCAGGGCGUGUUCACCGGAGACUAUGGCUCACAGCUAGAUCAUGGGGUGGGGGUCAUCCUACGCUAUGGAACAGCAGCUGAUGGAACUAAAUAUUGGACCUGAAUGGGAAGAACAAGGUUAAAUCAUAUUGCUGGGUGACGUCGAUGCAGAAGACAGGUACUGGAUAUUCAACCAAGCAGAUAGCAGCGAACAGCCAAUUAGCCAUUAUACAUCCCCCAGCUGGUCCAGAAAGUAGAUAGGAUUUAUACGAGAAUGCCUGGAGACUAUGGCUCAGAGCUAGAUCAUGGGGUGGGGUUAUCCUACACUAUGGAAUCAGCAGUUGAUGGAACUAAAUAUUGGACUUGUGACAUACUCCGGUUAUUGACUUCAUACAUCAAGUAAGUACUUCCAGGAAAUAGUGUAGGAUGCGGUCCAAAACUGACAUGCAGAGGCUGUUGCACGCUGUUUUGGAGGAUCAAUGGGAUAGAGGAGUUUCCUACCUGGUCAUGCACAUACAGAGAAUAGGCAGCAAGCAACGACUGUCUAAUCUGGGGAUGCAAUUAUAUCUGGUGUUGUCAUUGACUUUGCUGAAACAAUUUACGGGACCAGUGCUGCUGAUACUGAGUAGCAUGGUGGCAUCUGUUCUGAUUCGGAUGUGUAGAAUGUAGUAGAGAUCCAUGUUGAGAAUCCAAUUUAUUAGUAGCCUGCUCAGAGUAAAAAAAUGAGUUUAUCAUUUCAGACACAGUAAAUCAAAAAAAAAAAAAAAGGGUACAAAAAAUGAACCUUUUGUUCCUCAUUUGAAGUUAUUCCCUACAGGCAUCUACAUAAAAAGCUCUUAGAGAUUCUCCUGCAUUCAAAGCAAGGUACCUGGUUCCCUUGGACACAAAGUGCAUACUUAAUGAACACAAUUUGCAAAAUAAGUAGCAUGGUGUGGUUUGCUUUGAUGGAAGCAAUUGUAGCGGCUUGGAGUGCUAGGAUGCAGCAGGCACGGGAUGACAAUGUCAUGAUGAACCUUAUCCUGAGUACACAUUCUCCUGUUGAUCGUGAAUAUCAUGUCCAACCUCUCUUUCUUAUCAUUGAAGAUGUCAUGCACCGUGCCAAGGCACCCCUCCUUGGCACUAUACUUUCCACCACUCUUCAGAUACAGUGCAACUCAGGCACAUUUGGACGAGAAAGCUCUGCACACGUGCUUCUCUGACAUUCUUAAACUUUUAGCAAACACUAUUAAGAAGAUUUCCAGUGAGAUAACCUGCAGAUGUUCUGGGGGAGGGGAUGCACAUGUAACAACAAUGUCACUCUUGAACACGCUCUCAGUCUAUCCUUGGGAAGUUAAGGUAGUGGUAGCCUUGGCCGCUUCCAUUAUGAUCCAUGAAGAACUUUGCCUGGGAAAGCUUGACGACGUAAAGCCUCUAGCCAAAUCAGUAGCACACCUCAAGCAUCUUCUAAAUAUAAUGGAACAGGCUGAAUCUUGGAAACCAAAGUUUGAGUCACUUGGUAACCUGAUCAAGGCAGUGCAUGAUCUAACAAAGUGCAUUGUGGAUUUUAAGAGCCUCCCAUCUCAAUACAUUAACCCGGACACCCCAGAGAUGGUCAGUGCCAGUGCUCAUAUCCCAAUAGCCGUGUACUGGACCAUCAGAAGCAUUGUAGCUUGUGCAUCUGUGGUUCUUAAUCUUAGUGGCAGUAGUCAUGAGUACAUGGCCUCGACAACAGAGGUCUGGGACUCUAGUUUGGCUCAUACGAUCAAUUUCAUACACGGACACCUUAAGGCACAAUUGUCUCUUUGCCAUCAGCACAUUGCAAUUUUACUGACUGGGAGUGCUAGGAUGCAGCAGGCAAGGGGUGAUCGGAUCUUGUUCUCUAUGUCAGAUGACAAUGUCAUGAUGGACCAGAUCCUGAGUACACAUUCUCCUGAUGGUCGCAAAUUUCAUGUCCAGCCUCUUUUUCUUAUCAUCGAAGAUGCCAUGCACCGUGUCAAUGCACCCCUCCUUGGCACUUUUUUUCCUACCGCCCUUCAGGGAACUAAGGCAGAGUUGGAUGAGAAAUUUCUCCACAGCAGGUUUCCUGACAUUCAUAAACUUUUAGCCCCCACUAUUAAGAAGAUUAUGUGUGAGAUAACCUGCAAAUGUUCUGGAGGAGGAGAUGCGCAGGCAACAACAACAGUGUCACUCUUCAAAACACUCUCAAUCUAUCCAUGGGAUGUUAAGGUAGUGGUAGCCUUGGCAGCAUUUGUUAUGAUCCAUGACGAGUUUUGCCUAGUGUCACAGCUUUGCCACACCAACCCUCUAGCCAAAUCAGUUUCGCACCUCAAGCAACUUCCAGAUAUAAUGGAACCAGCCGAAUCUUUGAUACCAAAGUUUGAGUCACUUGAUAAACUGAUCAAGGCAGUGCUUGAUCUAACAAAGUGCAUUGUGGAGUUUAAGAGCCUUACUGCUCAGUACAUUAGCCUGGACACUCCGGAGAUAGUCACUGCAACUGCACAUAUCCCUAUAGCUGUUUACUGGACCAUCAGAAGCAUUGUGGCUUGUGCAUUUAUAGUUAUCAACCUUAUUGGCAUUAGUCACGAGUUCCUUGCCUUGACAACAGAGGCAUGGGAAUUGUAUAGUUUGGCCCAUAAGGUCAAAAACAUGCACGCCCACCUUAACAAACAAUUGUCUAUUUGCCAUCAGCACAUUGCUAGGAAGAAACACGAUGAAGCUUAUAGAACAUUUGUUCGGCUGCUUGAAACACCUCACUUUGACAACACAAAGUUCCUCAAGACUUUGAUUUACCCCAAAGACGACCAGCUCCCACUGUUUGAGGGUCAUACCAAGAGAAGGGUUAGCAUCGACACACUGAGAAGGAAGAUUGUACUGCUUUUUAUUACAGAAUUUGACAUAUCCGAAGAGGAGAUUCUGCUUAUUGGUCAAAUGUAUGCCGAAGCAAAGGAAAACCAAUAUCAGGCCGAGAGUAAUUUUGAAGUUGUCUGGCUUCCAAUCACAGACAGGUCAGUUUCAUGGAAUGCAGAAAAGCAACAACAAUUUGAAAAUACACAGAACUCAAUGUUGUGGCCAUCUUUGCAUCAUCCGUCUAUGAUGGAUCCGCUUGCCAUUAAGUACAUGAAGGACAACUGGCACUUGACCAAGAAGUCUAUUGUUGUAGUGGUGGAUGAACAAGGGAAAGUUGUGAACCUUAACGCCCUCCAUAUGAUGUGGAUUUGGGGUAGCGUGGCUUACCCUUUCACUAGCCUAAGAGAAGAGCAACUAUGGAAUGAAGAAUUAUGGAGAAUUGAGCUACUGGUAGAUAGCAUUGAACCCAGGAUCUUGCAAUGGAUCUAUGAUGGAAAGUACAUUUGCUUGUACGGUGGUGAGGAUAUUGAUUGGAUCCGCAGGUUCACUGCCACAGCGCAACCAGUAGCGCGUGCUGCCAAUAUCCAGCUAGAGAUGUUAUAUGUAGGCAAAAGCAACCCGACUGGAAAAAUUCGAAAAAUCAAUGACAUCAUUGUUGCUGAAAAUCUUAGUAAUGUGUUGCCAGACCUGGCCUUAAUCUGGUUCUUGUGGAGGAGGCUGGAGAGCAUGUGGCACUCCAAAGUGCAACAUGGGAAAUCCGCUGAAAAUGAUGAGAUAAUGAAAGAAAUCAUGAUGAUGAUGUACUUUGACGGUGGUGAUCAAGGAUGGGCAAUGAUCAGUCGAGGUAUGGAAAUGGCUAAAGCGAAAGGUGAAAUGUUUUUGGAGAGUUUGUCUUUGUCUGAGUUUGAUGUAUGGAAGCAUGACUGUGAAGAGAAAGGUUUUUUGGCAGCACUGAAUGAAUAUUUUAAAAAGCUUCAUACUCCGCAGCAUUGUCAUCGUUUUACACUUCCGGGAUCAACAGGCAGUGUUGAGGAUAAGGUGUUAUGUGCAGAAUGUGGCCGUCCUAUGGAGAAGUCCACCACGUACACUUGCUGCACCGAUUAACUGCAAAUAUUUAAUAAGCAAGUUACCAUCACAAGAUAAUCUUAAAUAUUUAUUUGAAUAAUUUUAUCGUUAAUGUGUGACUUUAAGUGGUUUGCCCGCAGUUUUUCGCUUAACUUUUGGCGUAGUUUUUUGCUUAACUUUUAGAGUGUUCUUGAAUUUUCCAAUUGUACUGCUUUUUCUUUUUUCUAUUAGAAAGGAACUGUCACCCCUGUCAAGGAUCAAUACAGCAUGCAGUAAGACAUAUUAGAUCUUUGUAUACAAAGGGUCGGUCCCUGACAAGCGAUUGAUACAA